CGAGCUCCCCAGCGCCAGCAGCUGGAGGAGAUGGAGCGGCCCAGCCCAUGCGCCCGGCCUCCCGCCCCUGACUUCGCUUGAUAACAAACCAGAAACUGAAACAGUGUCAGGAUUCCCGGCUUGAAGUCACUGAUGAGUCACUGCUAAGAGCAGCUGCAGUAGCCGAGAAGUGGCGCCAGAGAGGCAGGCGUGAGCUGAGGGCACAGAAGGCGGGCAGCCAGUCUGAGGGUCCUGGCGAAUGAUGGCAAGCAGGGCUGAGGUGGAGGCCACGGGUCGCGAGGUGGUGGCCAUGGACUGUGAGAUGGUGGGGCUGGGGCCCCACCGGGAGAGCGGCUUGGCCCGUUGCAGCCUGGUGGACCUCCACGGCACCGUGCUCUACGACAAGUUCAUCCGGCCUGAGGGGGAGAUCACCGACUACAGAACCCGGGUCAGCGGGGUCCUGCCUCGGCACAUGGAGGAGGCCACGCCGUUCGCAGUGGCCAGGCUGGAGAUCCUGCAGCUCCUGAGAGGCAAGCUGGUGGUGGGUCACGACCUGAAGCAUGACUUCCAGGCGCUGAAAGAGAACAUGAGCAGCUAUGCCAUCUACGACACGGCCACCGACAAGCUGCUGUGGCAGGAGGCCAACCUGCAGCACUGCCAGCGCGUCUCCCUCCGCGUGCUCAGCCAGCGCCUCCUGGGCCGCAGCAUCCAGAACAACCAGUUUGGACACAGCUCCGUGGAAGAUGCCAGGGCGACGAUGGAGCUCUACCGAGUCUCCCGGCAAAUCCGAGCCCGCAGAGGGCUGCCCACCUAGAGGUGUCAGACUGAAGCUCCGCUCAUCCCUGUGCCCAGGGGUGAGAGGCCUUCAUCUCUGCAGACAGCAGCCCCCUUGCUUUUGGAAAAUGCAUCUUUAGUAAUAAAAUGGCUCUGUAUUUUCUCUACUCCAUCA